CGUCCUCUUUGCCGAGCUGUUCGCCGAUGCAACAUUCGUGAAAUUGUUAAAAUUGUUACUUUUACGUGGGUUUGCAGCUAGAAAUCGUCACCGCGCAAAUAAAAUCGUUGCACAAGCCGCGACACGUGUGUUUGUCUGCCCAAGGCGGCUAUUCAUCACCAUUUCGGGGCGUGUUUGGAGCGAGAAAAUGGAAAACGCAUGUUUCGUGCUCAGAUAAGACCCAGCUGUGCGUCGGUCUCGCUCAAAUUGCAACAAAUUGCGAAAAGCUUCCGGCUAGACUCACAAGCAGACAAAACAGCGACAGCGACUAGCCAAACAGCGGCUAAAAGCAGGACAAAGGCGGUGACAAAGUGACAACAACAACAACAACAUCAACACGAACACAAUUACAAUCCCAACUUGAUACCAACACUAACCAAAAAACAAAAAAAAACACAAAACAACAACAUGCACCCACUGCAAAGUAGUUAAAUAAUUCUGCCCUGUCUGCGCUUUAUUUCCUCUUCAUUCUUGUACUCGUUUUAAUUUCAACAAGUUUUCUGUUCUCGCUUUCCCCACAUCUCUUUGAAACCAUCCGACGCGCAGUUCUUUUUUCGUUACUACACAACAACAAAUACAGCAACAACAGAAACAGCAACAUACAAAACACACACACGAACACAUUGGCUCUCAGACUAAAAUACACAUACACUCACGCGACACAUACAACGACAGUUUCUUUGCUGUGACGCAGCAGCCACCAAAAAGCACCUGCAAAAGCGGCACGAGACCAGCGACCGGCUCCCAGUGCAGCUGUCAUAGCGCAAAAAAAUACACACCAACAACAACAGCAACACACACACACUUGUUGCAAACGCAGCAAAAGGAAGACAAACGGAGAGGGAGAGAAAGAGAGUGAGCGAGUUAGUGAGAAAGGGACGUCAAGGCGGCUGUCUCUUUGUUAAGUGCCUAAGCAAUCGGCUAUCAGCGUUCAUUUUGCCGCCGUACUUACAAAAACGCAAAGAUGGUCAAGGAGAAACCCAACUCGACGCGUAUCUACGAUAAGGAUGGCUUCAGGCGACGUGCUGCCUGCAUUUGCGUGCGAGCCGAGAACGAAGCGGAGGUGCUGCUGGUAACAUCUUCACGCCGUCCAGAAUUGUGGAUUGUGCCAGGCGGCGGGGUAGAGCCGGAAGAGGAGCCCUCAGUCACCGCCGUGCGUGAGGUGCUGGAGGAGGCAGGCGUUGUUGGCAGCCUGGGACGUUGUUUGGGUGUCUUUGAGAACAACGAUCACAUGCAUCGCACCGAAGUGUUUGUCAUGAACGUGACCCAGGAACUAGAUGAGUGGGAGGAUUCGCGUAGCAUUGGACGCAAACGUCAAUGGUUCACCAUUGAUGAUGCAUUGUCACAGCUGGCGCUGCAUAAGCCCACCCAGCAGCAUUACUUAAUGCAGCUGCAACACUCGAAGACGCUGGAGAAUGCCCACACGCCAGGUCGUGUAGUGAAUGCCACGCAUCCGCCCAUAUUGGCAAAUGCACCCUCAGCGGCCGCGUCGCCCACAACGGCAUAAAGACAAAUGCAGAAAGAAUAAUCAUCUAUAAGCCCACACCGCCUCACACAAACACACACACACAAUAUGAACACACCACUAUUCACCCACAUUUUGACAUUUUGAAAAUUUACAAUUAGACAGGCAGUUGAUAAAUAUUUUCGGUAUAUUUAAAUCAUUUACCCAGCACCCGCUCUCCAUUAUAUUGACUACAGUCCGCAUCCUUUUCGAGUUUAAUUUAAGUCGAACGCUACAUUUAUGUUUUUAGAAAUUGUAUUGAAAAACACAUGUAUGUACUUUAAAUAAGCGAACGCAUAAAAAAACUAAAAAAAAAAAAAAAAAAAAAAAAAAAUUAACAAAGAAGAAUAAAAUCUACAACAUUGAAUAUAAUAAUUUUUGAGCGCAUAGGGCACUUUUUGCAAAACGAAAUACGUGUACUAACAAAAAUUAUGAUAUCUAUUAGAUUUUUCUACUCUUUUAUAAUUUACUCAAAAACAUCUUGAUUAUUGUAAUAAACAAUUGGAAAUGGCUUUAAAGAAGCGCUAAAAUCUAUAAACUAUGCUAAGCGGCCUAUAAAUAUAAUACAAAAAAGAAAAACCAACGAAAUUAUUUCGUUUAACAUCUGCCAGAGUGAGACAAUUUAACAACCUUUGUAUAAACUUCUGUUGCAGAUAAAUCCUUAGAAAACUAAAUAUAAAAAAUAAACAACUAAAGUUGCCUAUGCAAAAAGAUGAAACGCAAACAAACAUGAAUAUAUAAAACCAAGUUAUGCCGUAAAAACGUUAACUUAUUGUAAAAAAAAAAUAUGAAAUUAGUGAAGCCAGCUAAAAUUCAAAAGGGAAACUAAACUAUAUAUUAACAAUAAGACAUGUGCACGCUGUACUUUUCAAAAAUACAAGGCAAAACACAAAUAUAAAUAUAAAAAGAUAAAACUUAAAAUGUCAAUGUGAUAAAAGCUAAUCAACACUUUUAUGUAGCUCUUUUUGGAAUACACUUUUGGGCACUUUCAAAGAUAAAGUUUUAAUUCAAGUUUUAACGCUCACGAGAGCAAUUGAUUUUCAAUGUAAAUUCGAGAUAAGUUACAGAAAACAAAAUAUAUUCAUCGGCAAGCUUAACAAUAGAGAAAGAAAUUGUUGCAAUUUAACAAUAAUUUAUAAACGAAAAUAAACACAAAACCAAAACUACAA